ACACCGCAACGAAGAGUAGCCCCCACUCGCCGCAAGGAGAGAGCCUGCGUGCAUCAACAACACAGCCAAAAAUACAUAAAUAAAUUUAUUUUUUUUUAAAGUGCAGAAGUACUCAGGAACAGCUCUAUCCAGUGGCUAACACAAAGUCAACUGUUUCUCUACAUCUUUCAGCUUGGUUUUUCACUAAUCUUUUACUCCACAAAUGUUUCCUGACCUCCUACUGUAUGGCAGGCCCUGUUCUAGGUACUGGGGAUGCAGAAAUGAACAAAACGGACUAGUAAAGGUGGUGAAUCAAUAACAAAGCAUCAAAUACGUAUUAGAUAUAAUAAGUACAGGGAAUGCAAAAUGCUGCUGCUACUACUACUGCUACUAAGCCGUUUAAGGGCUGAUGGGGAGUGUGGGGCUAGAGGGUUGCUAUUUUAUUUAUUUAUUUGUUUGUUUGUUUUUUGGCUGUGUCGGGUCUUUGUUGCUGCAUGCGGGCUUUCUUUACUUGCGGUGAGCGGGGUCUACUCUUCAUUGCGGUGUGCAGGCUUCGCAUUGCAGUGGCUUCUCUUGUUGCAGAGCACGGGCUCUAGGCGCAUGGGCUUCAGUAGUUGUGGCACGUGGGCUCAGUAGUUGUGCCUCGCGGGCUCUAGAGCGCAGGCUCAGUAGUUGUGGCGCACGGGCUUAGUUGCUCCGCGGCAUGCGGGAUCUUCCCCGACCAGGAAUCGAAUCCGUGUCCCCUGCCGUGGCAGGCAGAUUCUUAUGCACUGCACCACCAGGGAAGCCCGAGGGUUGCUAUUUUAAAUACGGUGAGCAAGAAGGGCUUCAUUGAGGAGGUGACAUUUAGGCAGAGGCCUGAGUAAACUGAAGGAGUGAGCUCCAUGUCUAGUUAGAGGAAGAGUCUACGGGUGGAGGUAACAGUUCAGAAGCCCACAUUAGCUUCAUUAUCAGGCAAUUUUUUCCCUCCUAAUGGCAAAGAUGUCUCUGGCUAGUCAUCUGCUCACCUCAUCAUCCAACAGAAAGCGGCACCCCAUUUCCCACUAACUCCAGGAAAAGUCCCAUGAUGGAAGCUCACUGGAUCCUUUUCGGUCACAUGCCCUCCCUGAACCAAUCACUGUGCUCCAGGGAAUGGAGCGCGCGCGCGCGCGCGCGCGCGCGCUCUCUCUCUCUCUCUUUUUUUUUUUUUUUGCGAUACGCGGCCUCUCACUGUUGUGGCCUCUCCCGUUGCGGAACACAGGUUCCGGACGCGCAGGCUCAGCGGCCAUGGCUCACGGGCCCAGCCGCUCCGCGGCAUGUAGGAUCUUCCCGGACCGGGGCACGAACCCGUGUCGCCUGCAUCGGCAGGCGGACUCUCAACCACUGCGCCACCAGGGAAGCCCUCUCUUUUUUUUAAUUAAUAAAUUUAUUUAUUUAUGGGUCUUCGUUGCUGGGAGCGGGCUUUCUCUAGUUAAGGCAAGCGGGGGCUACUCUUUGUUGCAGUGGGCAGGCUUCUCAUUGCGGUGGCUUCUCUUGUUGUGGAGCACGGGCUCUAGGCGCGUGAGCUUCGGUAGUUGUGGCACACGGGCUCAGUAACUGUGGUCGCGGGCUUUAGAGCGCAGGUUCAGUAGUUGUGGCGCACGGGCUUAGUUGCUCCGCAGCAUAUGGGAUCUUCCCAGACCAGGGCUCGAACCUGUGUUUCCUGUACUGGCAGGCGGAUUCUUAACCACUGCGCCACCAGGGAGCUCUCUGGCUAAUCUGGGGCAGGCUGCCGCAAUGAGGUAGGUAUCAGCACCACCCCCUCCGCCUUCCCCAGGCAUGUACCUCUGUGGGGAGGGUGUUUACCCCAGUUAAAGCUCAGCCCAGGUGAAAAGCUUUUAUAGUUUGUUCUACACUUUCCAGAUUAUUAAAAGAACUGCACACUCCUUGUAAAAUAAAAUCCCAAUAGUAUUGAAAUGUAAGCAGAAAAAAAAAAGCAAAAAAAUCACACAUGAAACCUCACACUCCAGAAUAUAUGUAAUCUUACAAAUGCAGGCUCUUUCGCACAUACUGCCCGGCAGCACUGCCCAACGCUGUGCAAACACUCAACCGCUACUCACUAUUACGAUGAUUAUUUUCCUACCCAGACUGGGAAGGGAUGUUGAUUAGCAUGAUCAUAUCAGUAGCUUACAUUUUUGGAAUGUUUGCUAUGUGCCAAGUCGCAUUUUACAGAUGAAAAGGCUGAAGCUCAGAUAAGGUAAGUCACCUGUUCAGGGUCACACAGCAAGAAAGUGGGUCCUACGCAGAAACCAGAGCUGCUCCCGCCAGCCCCCCACCCCAUCCCCCAAGGGGCCCCCAGGCCCUGGAGGGCCUCUGCCCUCUCUAGCCAGGCCCUGGCAGGGCGGCUGCCUCCCUCUUAUCUCAGCCCAGGCUGCCUGCUGGUCCCGCCCCCUCGGGGGAGCUGCCACUUGGAGGCGCCUGGCCGGGAAGGCCUGGUCAGCUGUGUCCGGCGGAGGCAGCUGCUGACCCAGCUGUGGACUGUGCCUGGGGCGGAGGAAGGGGGGGGGCAGGAGCCCUGGGCCUCCCGUGGCAGGGGCUGCAUCAUGUAUCAUCUCGGGGCACCCCUCUGGCCUGGAGUUGGCUUCCUCUGUCUCCUACUCGCUGGGGCAACCUGGGCUCCCCCACCCAACCCACCGGAUCCCAAGUUUGAAAGGAAAGCGGCCCUGCUGACAGCCCGCGAGCCUGAAGAGUUUCUGUGCUUCACCGAGAGGUUGGAGGAUUUGGUGUGUUUCUGGGAGGAAGCGGCAAGCGCCGGGGUCGGCCCGGACAACUACAGCUUCUCCUACCAGCUCGAGGGUGAGCCGUGGAAGCCGUGCCGCCUGCAUCAGGCGCCCACCACCCGCGGCUUGGUGCGUUUCUGGUGCUCGCUGCCUACAGCCGACACGUCGAGCUUCGUGCCCCUAGAGCUGCGCGUCAUUGCGGCCUCCUCGGGCUCUUCACGCUACCGCCGUAUCAUCCACAUCAACGAAGUGGUGCUCCUAGACCCUCCCGCUGGGCUGCUGGCGCGGCGGGCAGACGAGGGCGGCCAUGUGGUACUGCGCUGGCUCCCACCGCCUGGGGCACCCAUGGCAAGCCUCAUUCGCUAUGAGAUGAACAUCUCGGCAGAGAACGCCGCUAGUGGCGCGCAGAGGGUGGAGAUCCUCGACGGCCGCACUGAGUGCGUGCUGAGCAACCUGCGGGGCGGAACGCGCUACACCUUCAAGGUACGCGCGCGUAUGGCCGAGCCGAGCUUCGGUGGCUUCUGGAGCGCCUGGUCCGAGCCUGUGUCGCUGCUGACGGCUAGUGACUUGGACCCCCUCAUCCUGACGCUCUCCCUCGUCCUCGUGCUCAUUCUGCUGCUGCUGGCCGUGCUAACCCUGCUCUCCCACCGCCGGACUCUGAAGCAGAAGAUAUGGCCUGGCAUCCCAAGCCCCGAGAGCGAGUUUGAGGGCCUCUUCACCACCCACAAGGGUAACUUCCAGCUGUGGCUGUACCAAACUGAUGGCUGUCUGUGGUGGAGCCCCUGCACCCCCUUCACAGAGGACCCACCUGCCCCCCUGGAGGUCCUCUCUGAGCGCUGCUGGGGGGUGACACAGGCAGUGGAGCCAGGGGCAGAUGAUGAGGGGCCCCUGUUGGAGCCGGUGGGCAGCGAGCAUGCCCAAGACAGCUACCUGGUGCUGGACAAGUGCUUGCUGCCCCGGAGCCCACCCAGCGAGGACCUCCCACAGCCUGGUGGCGAUUUGGACAUAGCAGCCAUGGAUGAAGCCUUGGAAGCAUUCUCCUGCUCACCCGCUUUGGCCCUGAAGCCUGUGCCAGAGGGGGCCUCGGCUGCCAGCUUUGAGUACACCAUCCUGGAUCCCAGCUCCCAGCUAUUGCGCCCGAGGGCACUUCCCCCUGAGUUGCCCCCUACCCCACCCCACCUAAAGUACCUCUACCUCGUGGUGUCUGACUCUGGCAUCUCAACUGACUACAGCUCUGGGGGUUCCCAGGAAGCCCAGCGGGGCUCAUCCAAUGGCCCUUACUCCAACCCUUAUGAGAACAGCCUCAUCCCAGCCCCCGAGCCUUCACCCCCGAGCUACGUGGCCUGCUCCUAGGACUCCAGCCCUCAGAUGCACGGGGACCCAGAAUGACCUCAAGUGCUACUCCAGGCCCAAGAUUUAUCCGGCAGGGUCAGUGAGGCCUGCUGACCUUGGCUUUCUGCUCAAUUCAUCCUUGUCAGAAAGUCACAACCUUGCAGUAUUUUUAAAUGUACAGUCUUUUGUGUAGAUAUAUAAAUACAUAUAAGUUUUCUGUCACGGCUUCUAUAAAUACCUCUAAGCCCCAUCUUUUCCCUGGGCCCAGGCCAUAGGAGAAGCAGGAAAAGGCCUUGAGUUCAGUCUGAAAUUCUGCCCUGGCAAUCUGAAUAAUGAUAAUAAAAUGAAUCAGUUAGUAUGUUAUGCUAGCUGCCCUAACAAAGCUGCCCUGAAACUGAGUGGCUGAACACAUUAAAUAUUUUCUCUCUCAUUUCUCAAUUCAAACAGGUGGGCAGCUAUCCCUGGGAUGAGUCAGAAGCCCAGACUGUAACUUUAAUAUCCCCCAGGGCUACCCUGGGGUCUUUAGAUGGUUCCUCUGCAUCCUGCCAGCCAACACGAGAGACACAGCAGAAGAUUCUGUGGCCUUUAGGGACCUAGCCUAGAGGUGGGCGCCAUCUCUUCUUCACAAAUUCUACCGGUCAGAAAUGGUCAUGUGACCCUAGCGAGAACCAUGGACAGCUGGGAAAUGUAGUUUAGCUGUGCACCCAAGAGAGAAAAGCUGUUUAAUGAGCUGCUAGCUAGUCUCUGCCACUAAUAAUAAUACCGAUGACAUUCAUUCCUAGGGCUUUAUUCUGAAUCAGGCGCUGUCCUAAGACAGCACUCUGAUGACACCAAAUGUCAUCAAGUGGCUCAAUGGGAGUUCUGGUUUAACCACUUUUAAAUAGUUUGACAUAACCUAGGAAAGCUGAACGUAUGCAUACCUUCUACUCCAGCAAUGCCACUUCUAGGUAUGUACCCUAAAAACCCUCAC